AACUCAAUGGAGAAAUCUCAAUCUCACGUAGUGAUCUUUCCAUUUCCACUACAAGGCCAUAUCAAACCCUUGCUAUGCUUAGCUGAGCUUCUCUGCCAUGCAGGUCUUCAUGUCACCUUCGUCAACACCCGCCACAACCACAACCGCUUAGCCAACCUCCGUGCCCUCUCAACCCACUUCCCUACCCUCCAUUUCGAGUCCAUCUCGGAUGGUCUUCCCCAUGAGCACCCGCGUACUUUGGGCAGCGAGUUAUUGAUUGCAUUGAAGACGUCCAUUAAGCCUCAUUUCAAGCAGCUGCUCCAGUCACCCCUUAAGGCUGACGGUGUUGCGUUGCCGCCGCCAACAUGUAUUAUAACAGAUGGACUUGUGACUUUUGCCUUUGAUGUUGCGGAAGAUUUGGGGUUACCUAUACUUAGUUAUAAUGUUCCAUGUGCUCGUUACAUGUGGACUUGUCUUUGUCUUCCCAACCUCAUCGAACAAGGCCAGCUUCCUUUCCCAGAUGACGACAUGAAUGUGGAAAUUACUGGCGUUCCCGGCAUGGAAGGCCUCCUGCGACGAGUAGAUUUACCAGGUUUUUGCAGAGUAAAACAGUCGAGCCAUCCUGGUCUUCAAUUUGCCAUUAACGAAACUCAGACACAAAAACGAGCUUCGGCGCUAAUCCUCGACACCAUUUACGAACUUGACGCUCCAUGUCUGUCUCAUAUGGCCAAGAUGUUCCCCAAAAUUUACACGCUCGGCCCUCUCCACUCUCUCCUCAACUCUCAGAUCGGUGACGUCUCACGAUCCUUAGCAUCUCAUGGCGGUCUUUGGAAGGGGGAUCCAAAUUGCAUGGAGUGGCUCGACUCUCAGCCAAACAAAUCGGUUCUUUACGUCAGCUUUGGAACCCUAGUGACCUUGACACGCACCCAAAUCAUAGAAUUUUGGUACGGUUUGAUCAACAGCGGGCACCCGUUCCUGUGGGUUAUACGGUCCGACAUCACUUCGGGUUUAGAUGGAGACUCGAUUCCUAUGGAGCUUGAAAUUGGGACCAAAGAGAGAGGGUACAUAGUGAGCUGGGUCUCGCAAGAGGAAGUCUUGGCUCACAAGUCAGUGGGUGGGUUCUUGACUCAUAGCGGAUGGAACUCGACCCUUGAGAGCAUUGUAGUAGGAAUUCCAAUGAUUUGUUGGCCUAAUUUAGGGGAUCAUUAUAUCAUUAGCAGAACUGCUAGUGAGAAGUGGAAGAUUGGUCUUCAGUUGAAAGAAAACUGUGACAGAAAGGAUAUUGAUGCCAUGAUAAGAAUGUUGAUGGAAUCUAAGAGGGGAGAGAUCCAGAGCUCAAUGGAUGCAAUUUCGAAAGUAGCUCGUGAUAGUGUUGCUAAAGGUGGAUCUUCAUACCACAACUUGUUGAUGCUAAUCCAAGAUAUUGAGAACAUGCAUGGAAGAACAAAGUGA